ACUCUGAGAGACGAGAAAGAAAUCUUUAUUUUAAUCUUUGAUUUGUAACUGCUGGAAUACGGACCCCGUUCUGUGAUUCUGCUUGGUACCAGCGAGACACCACUUGUCUGUUACAGAUUGCUCAAAUGCCAGUUUUAUUCCAGUGUAUUUGCAAUAUUUAUCCUAUCUUACCCUCAUUCAACAUUUCUGCAUCUGCUCCCUUUCCCCCCACAGCUCUCAGUUUUGUGGAUUGUAAAUAAGGAAUGCAAUGGCAAAAAUUGCUGGGUGAAAGUUACAUCUGGGAUGCGUUUGGCCCACAGAUUGCAUGUGAGCUGUUUGGCAUGGCAGGCUCAUUCUUUUACUGAAAGCAAAGGCUAAAACUCAGCCUGCACAGCCCCGGGGGACGGCAGAGAGGUUGUGUCAUGCUGGCUAAUCCCAAUGAUGAGAAUGGAUUGAAUGGAGAGAGGAAGAGGAUGCCCUUUUUCUUUUCCUGCUUAGUAUUUAGCAUCUCAAUUAGGUUAAGAAAAAAAAAAAACGACAACCAAAACAUCACAACAAAAAACUCACAGCCAGAAAAAACGGUGGAAUAAAGGAGCUGUGCAAUGGAAGAGAGGAGCUGUGCGUGGAAUAGAGGAGCUGUGCAAUGGAAUAGAGGAGCUGUGCAAUGGAACAGAGGAGCUGUGCUUGGAAUAGAGGAGCUGUACAUAGAAUAGAGGAGCUGUACAUGGAAUAGAGGAGCUGUGCAAUGGAAUAGAGGAGCUGUGCACGGAAUAGCGGAGCUGUGCGUGGAAUAGAGGAGCUGUGCAAUGGAACAGAGGAGCUGUGCUUGGAAUAGAGGAGCUGUGCAAUGGAACAGAGGAGCUAUGCUUGGAAUAGAGGAGCUGUACGUGGAAUAGAGGAGCUGUGUGUGCAACGGAGGAGCUGUGCAUGGAAUAGAGGAGCUGUGCAUGGAACAGAGGAGCUGUGCAUCUUUUUGGUGCAGAACCAUCAUGGUACUUCUAGAAGGUGCCUCAAAGCUUCCGUGACGUAGAAGAACCCUACAAGAAAAACACAGUUGCUUUCUGGCAACUUGUGAAGCAAAGCUGUCACGAUGGCAGAAAAUAAGGACAGUAGCAUUAAAAACGCAGACGUGAGACCCAAAAGCAGCCGGAGCAGAAGCGCAGACAGAAAGGAUGGUUACGUCUGGAGUGGAAAGAAGCUCUCCUGGUCUAAAAAGAGUGAGCAUUGUUCUGAUGCCGAAACAGCAAGUGCUGCGGGAAGAUCAGGGACUAAUUUAAGGAGCCAAGAGAGGAAGUACAGCUGCUCAUCUAUCGAGCUGGAUUUAGACCGUUCAUGCGGUCACAGGUUUUUAGGCCGGUCUCUCAAACAGAAACUGCAAGAUGCCGUGGGUCAGUGCUUUCCCAUAAAGAAUUGUAGCAGUCGGCACGCUUCAGGACUGCCAUCUAAAAGGAAAAUCCAUAUCAGUGAGUUAAUGCUCGAUAAGUGUCCUUUCCCUCCCCGCUCUGAGCUGGCUUUUCGGUGGCACUUGAUCAAGAGACACACAGCCCCUGUAAGUCCAAAAGCAGAAGACUGGAUAAUUGCUGAUUUAUCCCAGCAGGAGGAAAGGGAGGAUCAGCUGCGAGAUGAUGAGAGUGCCAAUGGGGGAACGGACUCUCCUUCCCCAUCUUGUGACUUCACCGACAGCGGUUCCUCCAGGGGUGACACGAGGUCUGAGUUGGGUACAGGCAGGGUGGGAAGGAGCAGUAAAGACGAGAGCGAUAUGGACUCUGACGACGAAGUUAUAACGCUGUGCACAAGUUCCAGAAAGAGAAACAAGCCCAAAUGGGAAACAGAUGAUGAGCUGCUACGGAUGGAAACGCCUCCAAAAUACCAUACACAGAUCGAUUAUGUCCACUGCCUUGUCCCAGACCUCCUCCAGAUCAAUAACAACCCCUGCUACUGGGGAGUCAUGGAUAAAUACGCAGCUGAAGCACUGCUGGAAGGAAAGCCAGAGGGGACAUUUUUGUUACGGGAUUCUGCCCAAGAAGACUAUUUGUUUUCUGUGAGCUUCAGGCGCUAUAGUCGUUCCCUCCAUGCGCGGAUAGAGCAGUGGAAUCACAACUUCAGCUUCGAUGCCCACGAUCCUUGUGUCUUCCAUUCUCCUGACAUCACGGGACUCCUAGAGCACUACAAAGAUCCAAGUUCCUGUAUGUUCUUUGAGCCACUUUUAUCCACUCCACUGAACAGGACUUUUCCUUUUUCUCUCCAGCAUAUUUGUAGAACGGUUAUUUGCAACUGUACAACAUACGAUGGCAUUGACGCGCUUCCCGUUCCUCCAUCGGUAAAGCUGUAUCUGAAGGAAUAUCAUUACAAGUCGAAAGUUAGAGUUCUCCGGAUUGACGUACCAGAGCAGCAAAGCUAGGAAAUGCUUUUAUGAGAGAAUGAAAUUGUCUCUAAACAGACAAAUAGUUUGUUCAGUCUUUCUUCAUUCUAGGGUUUUAUUUUCAUAGCAAUUUGAUUUAUUUUUUUCUUCUUCUGCAGAUUAUUUACCCUCCAAACUAGCCUCUGUCUAAGGCUUUUUUAUCCAGAUGUACUUUGACUCUUCCCAGCUCCCUUUUUUAGAGAUUAUAUUCGUUGUGGGCUUUUGGUACUGUUCCCAAACUAAUGUUUUAUGGAAUUUCAGGUAGGCUUUCUGGUAUUUCUAUAGAUGGAUAGUCUUUAGAUCUACGACCCCUUAAAAUCAGUUUUGAACCUGAUCUGUCUUUUAUAUUGUAUUUCCAGAUGUUUGAAAUAACGCACUGUUCACUGAAGAUUGACUCAUCUGUAUUUUCUGCCUUUGUUUUAAAACGAGUGCUCUUGUCUGUGUGUGUGUGUCCGUGUGUCCGUCCCUAUCCGCUCCAGUAAAUUCAUCAGUCUAUUUCUAACAUUACUAUUCCUAGCAAAAUGAAAUUUGAAAGAGGAUACGAUCUUUCUAUAAAUACAUCAAGGGACUAAACACCAGGGAGGGGAAAAACAAUUCAAGUGAAGGACAACGCUCAGGACAGGAACAAACGUAGAAACCAGUUGUGGAAAGAUUUUGAUUGGAAAAACCUAUGGGCUUCAGGAAAGCUGGGGAGGGGCUCUUUAUCAAGGAGUUGCAGGGACUGGACGAGGUGAACAGUUUUAAUCUGAAAGAGGGGAGAUUGAGGUUAGAUCUUAAGAAGAAAUGUUUUCCUCUGAGGAUGGGGAGGCCCUGGCCCAGGUUGCUCAGAGAAGCUGUGGCUGCCCCAUCCCUGGAGGUGUUCAAGGCCAGGUUGGAUGGGGCUUGGAGGCACCUGAUCCAGUGGGAGGUGUCCCUGCCCAUGGCAGGGGCUGGAACUGGAUGGGCUUUAAGUUCCCUUCCAACCCAAACUAUUCUAUUCGAGGCUCUGCAAAGGGAUCUGAACAGGCUUGACUGCUGGGCCGAGACCAAUGGGAUGAGGUUUAACAAGACCAAAUGCCGGGUCCUGCACUUGGGGCACAACAACCCUAUGCAGCGCUACAGACUGGGGGAAGAAUGGCUGGAGAGCUGCACAGAAGAGAAGGACCUGGGGGUGCUGGUUGACAGCCGACUGAACAUGAGCCAGCAGUGUGCCCAGGUGGCCAAGAAGGCCAAUGGCAUCUUGGCUUGUAUCAGAAAUGGGGUCACCAGCAGGUCCAGGGAGGUUAUUCUCCCUCUGUACUCGGCACUGGUGAGACCGCACCUCAAAUACUGUGUUCAGUUCUGGGCCCCUCACCACAAGAAGGAUGUUGAGGCUCUGGAGCGUGUCCAGAGAAGAGCAACAAAGCUGGUGAGGGGGCUGGAGAACAAGUCUUAUGAGGAGCGGCUGAGAGAGCUGGGGUUGUUUAGCCUUGAGAAGAGGAGGCUGAGGGGAGACCUUAUUACUCUCUACAACUACCUGAAAGGAGGUUGUGGAGAGGAGGGAGCUGGCCUCUUCUCCCAAGUGACAGGGGACAGGACUAGAGGGAAUGGCCUGAAGCUCCGUCAGGGGAGGUUCAGGUUGGAUAUCAGAAAAAAAUUCUUCACAGUAAGAGUCAUUGGGCACUGGAACAGCUGCCCAGGGAGGUGGUCGAGUCGCCUUCCCUGGAGGUGUUUAAGGAACGGGUGGAUGAAGUACUUAGGGACAUGGUUUAGGGAGUGUUAGGAACGGUUGGACUCGAUGAUCCAAUGGGUCCUUUCCAACCUUGUGAUUCUGUGAUUCUGUGAUUCUGUGAUUCUA